CGACAGGUGACGGAGGCGUACGUAUGUUUUGCUCGUCAAAGGUGAGGCGGGGUGCGGAGGGGGUAUACAAGAGAAGUUGGUGGUCCACUCAGACACUCACUCGCUGGCUUGUCUUCCAUCCCAACGAACAUCUGCACGCACAAAUUGAGUUCUGUCUUUCAUAACCAUGUCCAAGGAUAUCAGCAGCGUUGCCCGCGGCCACAAGGCGGCCAUCAGCAACCCGCACGUCUCGGAAGAGACGAAGGAGCACUCGCGGCAGGUGCUCGAGGAGCUCGCGGAGAGCGGCGAGCUCGACUCUGCGGAGUCGAAGAACGCCAACGUCGUCCGGGGGCACAAGGCGAACCUCGCGAACCCGCACACGUCUGAGGAGUCGAAAGACCGCUCGGAGAAAGUCCUGGACGAGCUUGACGCGUGA